CACGACAAUGGAGAUCGAGGCGAAGCAGCGCAGCCAGCGGAACAGGCGGCGCGAGCGCGCCCAACGGAUGCUCGCCCAACGCGAGGCCAAGCACCACCAGCUCCAGCUGCCGCGGCAGCCGUCGGCCGCGACCGGAGUCGCCGAGGACAGUCAUAGUGGUGAGGAGGAGGACGGGCCCGAUGGGACAGCGACCGCCACUCCGAGGCCGAGGCCCCGAGACAACAACGGCCACCCAAGGCCACCUAGGCCGCCCCGACCACCACGGCCCAGGAAAAAGUCCGCCCUGGCAGCCGGGGCUGCCGCCCAGUGCAAGGAACCGAAGGAGCCCAUCUUCGAGGAGGACAUUAUCGAUGGCUUCGCCAUACUCGCCUUCCGCACCUACGAGGACCUCGAGAGUGCAAUAAAAUUAGCCGGCAAAAAUAACUUCAAGAAACUGCAUUCGUUACUGUCAAUAGCGGAGGAGAAGCCAAAGGUGGACACGGGACAGAAUAACCGGCAUAACGACCACCACAUUAAAAACCACUUUAAGCACAACCAUUACAGCACGCAUAAUUCCAUACUGACACCCUCGACGCUAAACCAGGGCCUAGAUGCGGGCACGAGCGACGACAGCGGAAGAGCUUCCGAGCAGUUGCACGGCUCUGGCAUCCCGAGGGAUAGCCAGGACGCCGACAGUUCCAGGGACCAUCUCAGCGAUGCUAGCAGUCAUUGCAGUUCGGGUAAAGGUUAUAUCUGUGAUAGUGAAGGAGAAGACGAUAAGAACUCGGAUGCGGAAUCGAUACUCUUUGAGUCUUCUACCCCACCACCCCUUGCACGUAAAUACGAGCUGCCAUCUUCUUCACCGCACGUGCUGCCUCCGGCGAACGGGGCGGGAGGAUCGCCACCAGAUACCGGCGGCCAGAUCUCGAAUCCUGCGACAGAUGCCCCGGCGCCGAUUCCUCCUCCUGUGCCUGCCACCGCGCCAGUCCCAACGGCGCCCAGUCCUCCGAGCCCCACGUUACCUCCACACAUAUCCCAACCACCCAUGACUAGUCCGCUAGCAGCGAAUCCACGUGCAAUAGCCCCGCAGCAACGGCCGGUGUCCCCGGCCCUACCCCCGCCCUCUCUCUGCCAACAACAACAGCAGCAACAACAACAGCAUCAGCAUCAGCAUCAGCAUCAGCAUCAGCACCAGCAGCAGCAACAACAACAGCAACAGCAACAGCAACAGCAGCAGCAGCAACAACAACAGCAGCAGCAGCAGCAACUGUCACAUCAGCUGCACCAGACAUCCCAACAGCCGAAUCAGCAGCAUCAGCAUCAGCAUCAGCACCAGCAGCAGCAACAACAACAACAACAGCAGCAGCAGCAGCAGCAGCAGCAACAACAACAGCAACUACCGCAGCAGCUGCCGCAACCACACACGUCCAUACCGGCGCUGCAUCCGCCCAAUGUACCUCUCGUCUCGUCCUCGUCUCACACGACAUCGCCGGCGGUGGCGAGCCUUGGCGUUGCACCGGCAGCUCCGUCGAAUGGCGCCGCGACCACCACGUACCCACCACCUUUGCCAAUGGCCGCCUAUCCCCAGACCCACCCGUCCUAUCCACCCCUCUACACGCCCUACACUGCCUUGAACCAUAGCCCGUACCUGCCGCCCGCGGUGUCAUCGCCCUCGCAUUCGGCCUCAUCGCGCACCGACAUCCGGAAUAGUCGAGCGUCCCCUUGUACAAACCUGAGCAAGUCAACGAUAGGUAGCGUCGCGACGAACAAUCACAGCGGCAUCAAUAGCAGCAGUAUACCGCUGAGUGCGACGACGACGACCUGCGGUGUCUCGACGGUUACGAAUACUGUGAUGACGGCCAAUGCCAUUGCCCACAGGGACGUAGUCGCCUGCAGUUUGGCCGGUAGGAACAACAAUUCGCCAAGGGGACACAGUCCAAAUCGAGAGCGUGAUAGCUAUAGCAGUAACGUGAGCAGCCUCAGUAGAAGUAGUAUAACACCGGUUAGCGUGCCAAACACUUCCUCCCCGGCCAAUUCUAGUCUACCUGCAUACUCAAAGGCUCAAGGGUGGAUCGGCAACAGCACAUCUUCGCAAUUGUCACCGGCUACGGCAACGUCAGUGCCACGGCCGACACCCCCGCCGGUACCACUGAGCCUGCACACAUUUCCACCGCCGAUGUUCGCGGCGCCACUGCCACCGCCUGUCUCCAGCUCGAGUCCCCACACUUCCUUGCCUUCGCUUCCUCCACCAACCUCCAAUCCUAAUCCCUUCUCAGCAGAGUCGCUGUUUCAAACAAAAUCAAAAAUAGGUGUGAGUCACGUGUCGGGCCAAACGGACUUGUUACGUCGCGAGCUGGACAAUCGAUUCUUGGCUUCGCAGGACAGAAACGUAGGCAACAUUGGCCCGCCACCUUAUCUCAGGACGGAAAUGCACCAUCACCAACAUCAACAUACGCACGUCCAUCAACACACGACGCCCAUAUUGCCGCCACCAACGGCAACUUCGCUCUUCCCACCACCGAUUUUCAAGGACAUUCCAAAGCUGGGUGGAGUGGACUCUCCAUUUUUUCGAGGGAAUCUCAAUCUCGGCAACUAUUCGGGUUUCAAUGCUGGCCUUCUUCAUCCUGGUAUAGGACCUCCUUCAACGCCCUUCGUCCCGCCAACUCAUGUCACGUCCUAUGCACCCACGAAGACUGGCAAAUGGAACGCGAUGCACGUCCGCAUAGCCUGGGAGAUUUAUCAUCAUCAGCAGAAGCAACAAGCGGAGGCCAAAGCUGGUGGCGUGAGCACGAAAACGGAACUACUGAGACCGCCGGGUCAUCUGUUUCCGACGGGACCAACCGGUGCUCUGGGCAUGAGUGCUUCGCAGCUGCCUCCGCCCUUCUCCUCGGCCAUGCAGACGCAUCCACCGGGACCCCCGGUCUCACACACCGUUGGCUUCUUGUCCGCGCCGUCUUCGCACUUGGGGGCCGGAAUAUCGCCAUUCGGUAGGUAUCCGCAAAGUUUCGCAGCUGCAAAUCCAAACUUCCCAGGGCUUUGGGCAUUCCCGCCAGCCAGAGAUAUACCACCGCUGCCUGGAAUUAGCUCCGUUCAUGAUCCGUGGAGAGGGUUGCAGCGUGCCUCGGGUGGCUUCCCCCCGACAACCGUAGCCUGGAGUAUGAAGCCCGAGCCGGCAAGCAUCGACACGAGGCGAGCCGAAAUGGAGGAGCGCGAGCGGGAGCGGGAGCGUGAACGGGAGCGUGAGAGAGAGCGGGAGCGUGAACGAGAGCGCGAACGUGAGCGCGAGCGCAUAAGGCGGGAGCGCGAGCGGGAGCGAGAGGAGCAGCGUGAACGGGAGCGUCGGGAACGAGAAAAGGAGGAGAAGCGAAAACAGCAGGAGGCAGCGGCUGAGCGAGAGCGCGAGAGGCGAGAGAAGGAGCGUAGGGAGAUGGAGAGGCGGGAGAUGGAGCGCGAGAGGCUACUGCAACAGCAUCAUCAGCAGCAACAGCAGCAGCAACAACAACAGCAGCAACAGCAACAGCAGCAGCAACAGCAGAGCCGACAGCAGCACGUCGUCGUCGGUAGGGACAGGUCGCCAUUGAGGAACGGUGCCAAUCCCAUGGACGCGUCGCCGAUGGUCAGGGUGAAAGAAGAGCCCAGAAGUAAGGACGACGACGUCGUAAUGCUAACGAGAGCACCCCCGCAACCACCUGGACCACAGCCCAACACCAUGCCCGACCCAAGAGAGAAGUACGAAUUACGUAAUGAUCGUGUAGAGCUGCAGAACAUGUUACAAGACACUGAAAAGUGGAUAAGGUACCAUCACACGCAUCCGCACGCCUACCUGCAGAGCCGUCACCCCCACGGCGUGCCCGCGCCUCACUCGAUGGCCCGAGCGAUGUCCGGCAUCCCGGGGCUCUCGCACCCUAUGCAGCACUUCGCGCCGCCGCCACCGCCUCCGCCGCCCCCAUCCGCGACCACUGCCCAGGCCCCGGGGCCGCCCGCCUGGCCCAGCGAUCCAUUCCGUGAUCCCUACAGAUACGACCCACUGCAGCAGCUGCGCUACAACCCCCUAAUGGCCGCGGCGGCGUACCGUGCCCAGGAAGAGGAGGAGCGGGCGAAACUGUACGCGGCCGGUUAUCCGGCGCCGCCGCCCGCCGUCGCCGGCCUCCGAGCCAAGGACCCGAGCCCCGGGCCCCUGAGCAAUCUGCACAUGCAUCACAGAGCGGGUCCGGGACCGGGGGCGCCUGGCCCGGUGCCGGGCGGCCAGCCCCAGACGAUGCUGCACAACGCCGCGGAGCUGCACAAGAAGGAGGACGCCUCGCAGUCGCGAUGAUGCUGCCAGGAGCCUUGGCCACCCGAAUCCUGUCGCGAGCAGCCCACACGAUGAGCGGAGCCCAUAUCUUCACCUUCUCUGUACAUAGACGGACAGCCAUCAUGUAUUGCUCGUAAUUACGGAGUCGUGCGGUUGAUUUCCUUUGUGUUUCCUUUCUCGUUGCGAGACCUUGCUGAACUACUACUAUUAGUGACGCGACGAGCUGGAAGUUUAAGAACGAGAAAGGAAGGAGCGACUGUAUAUCUCGAUGCGUGUUAAAUAGAUGCGUGGGGCGAUGAGGGUAGGGGCGGGAGGGAGCAAGUUCGAACGAGCUAGUAAAACAGCGGG